CUGCUCAAUCGAGGGUGUUGGCGAGAUUACCCCGGCGAAAGGCCAAGCUCCCAACUCUCGCCGCUGGUCAAUGGAUCUCGCAGCCUCUCAAUCCGAUUGUUAACGCUGAGCGAGACCAAUCAAGGAGGUCGACGAAGCGGAAGAGGCGGGAUCUUGAUGCUGAAUCUCGUUCUGUGACAAAGCCUGCCCAUGUACUGGGGCCGUCUACGUCCAAGAGACAGCGCGUCGACUUCGUCGAUAGUCAUAUUGAACCGAGUCGGUUACCAGGCUGACUUACAUCUGAGGCCCGACCGCCCGCCCUCAGCAUGACUGCAGUCGCAAUCGGCGCACCUGUUAUAGUCCGCGACGGAGGAUCCUCAUUACCGAAUCGACAUUUUGCUGCGCUCGAUUCUUGUCUCACCUCCUCACAGACGCGAGGAGCCGUCGUCCCAUCGCAUUUAUAUAUGCCGCUAAAUCACACGACGUCGGUUUCUGCCCUCGCCACAACAAUCCUGCCAGCCGUCGUCUGGAUCAACUAUUAUCAAUCGCCUACUAUCUUCUCCUCGACAUCAUAUUUGUUUCCAGCGCCAAGCUGUACGGUGAUCUCAUAUUCUUUCUGUUCGAAACCGCUUUCAAGAUGCACAAUGCACGGCUGCGCCCAUCAACAACCAGUCGCACAUUAUUUGCGUCUGUUCUCCAGCAAUUCGAGCCACCGCUUACACCUCCACUUUUCCCGUAUUACCAGCAGAUUACACAUCCCAUGUCGUCGUCGAAGAUACUCGAUGUCACACCAGCCUAUUGACGCCUAUGUACUUUCAAUGAUCACCAUCUCCCCGCCUGUCAAGCAAUGCUUACCACUGACUCUUCAAGCUGUUUCGCACGAAUGGGGCUACGUCAACGUCGAGGUGACCACGGCACCGCUGCCGACUUGCGCAUCUGAUACAGGCCCACGGCCCUCAUACGCCUCCAUCAAUGACCGAGAUUCCAGUGCGAGUCCUCCUGUCGUGCGCCUCAUAGUCCAAAUCCACAUUAUCGAUCGACAUGCCGCGCCGCCAAAACAUUGCCUUGCAAGUUUUGGCAUACAGGCACUUAGCACUUACAAACCAAGUCAACCUUAGUUUGCAACGACAAGACCACCUGGCAAGGUAGCGCCUCUCGCGUGCACGACGCGGGAGUUGAUGCCCUCAGCCUGACACGAGUUUUCCAUGUGCAGAACGAAGUCAUCAACGUGGACCACGAUUGCGAACGACGCACUG